AUGGAAGAAAAAUCUCUGGGUGGCAGCAAGUAUCUGCUGCUGAUCGUGGAUGAAGCCAGCGGAUGCAUGAAGGGUUUUUGUCUGCAUUCCAAGUCAGAGAGCGAAGAGUGUAUCAAGAAGUACAUCACGAUGAUACAGACGCAGUUCAACAAGAAGGUCAAAUUUGUGCGACACGAUGGAGCCCGCGAGUUUGCGACGAACUCGCUUCAAGAUUUCUACGAAGUCGAAGGCAUCGAGCAACAAACCACGGUGCCAUACGCACAUCAAGCCAAUGGAACUGCUGAACGCGCGAUUCGAACUAUCGUCACCAUCGGUCGUAGCAUGCUCCAUCAUGCCAAGUUGGACAAGUGCUUCUGGGCUGAAGCGGCAAUGACGGCCGUCUAUGUGAAGAACCGUUUGCCGUCACCCAAGAUUCCACACAAGACACCGUUCGAGAUUGUCUACAAUUCUAAGCCAAGUGAGAAACGACUCAAGUGGGAUCCCAAGGCCCGGGCUGGAUUGUUUUUGGGCUACGAAGAAGUGUCCAAGGCGUAUCGAGUUUACGACAUCGAAGCGGGGCAGGUGAUGAUAAGUCGCGAUGUCAACUUCGAUGAGUCGGCCUUUGGAAUGUCGAUGCUGAUUUCCGAUGACGAUGUUGAUGGCCUGGACUUCGAAUCGAUCGAUCUUGAUGAUGAAGAACCGCGUCCGAGACACUUCAAACAAACAGGAAAGCGCAAGGCCCAACCCAGUCACGACAAUGACGACGCAAGCAUGCCCCGAGCAGUGCGCCAACGACCCGGAUUGGAAGAGUCAAGUGCGCCGGAUGACCUCUCUUCACGUCGAGCCAACGAAGAUGAAGAAAGGAAGUCGGAGGAACAACAUGACACACCGACUUCCUCCGCGUUCUGGCAUGCGAGUGCAAACGCCGUCGAAGCAGCGGUCGAUUUUUCGGAGCCGUCGACAUUUGAAGAAGCAGUAUCUGGCCCGGACCAAGUACACUGGCGCAAGGCAAUUGAUGCGGAGCUCGAUUCGAUGAAGCUUCGCGGUGUCUUUCGUGCGGCCAAGUUACCCAACGGACAAAGCGCCAUUGGCACAAAGUGGGUCUUCAAGAUCAAGCGCAAGGCGGAUGGGUCGAUCGAGAAAUACAAGGCACGACUUGUGGCCAAGGGUUUUCGCCAAAAGUAUGGCAUUGACUACACGGAGACGUUCUCGCCCGUGGUCAAGUAUGUGACGCUGCGAAUGGUCAUCGCCAUUACCAAGCACUUUGGAUGGCCCCUCGACCAGCUCGAUGUGGUGACUGCGUUCCUGUAUGGAGUGAUGAAGGAGAAGGUGUUCUGCGCUGUUCCGGAAGGCGUCAAGAUGGAAGGUGAUUUCGACUGUCUCGAGCUGAUCAAGGCGAUCUACGGUCUCAAGCAAGCCUCGCGUGUUUGGAACGAGACCUUCGACGAGUUCAUACGCUCGAUUGGUUUUCAAGCGUCGGGAUUCGAUCCAUGUCUCUACAUCAUGACUUCGGAAGGCCAUUGUGUUUUUGUGCUGGUCUACGUGGACGAUGUCUUGGUGACUGGAAGCUCGCUCGAGAUGAUUGCGCGCACCAAGAACGACCUCAAGACACGCUUCGAGAUGACGGACAGCGGCAAGUGUGCCUUUGUUCUUGGGAUCGAGUUAUUGGAAGGUGAAGAUGGCAGCGUGACUAUGUGUCAGCGCCGUUAUGUCGACGAUGUCCUCAAGCGCUUUGGAAUGGAUGAGUGCAAGGCUGUGGCAAGUCCGGUGGACGUCAGCUCUCGACUGGUUCCAAGCAACUCUGCAAGCAAGGUGGAUGUCCCAUUCCGUGAAGCAGUGGGUGCUUUGAUGCAUCUGACGACUGCAACGCGACCGGACAUCGCCUAUGCUGUAAGCUUUGUGUCACGGUUCAUGGAGAAACCCCAAGAAGAACACUGGGUUGCAGUCAAGCGCAUCUUCCGCUACCUACAAGGCACCAAGAUGCAUGGAAUCUGCUACAAGCCAAGUGCGAAGAUCGACUUUCGUGGCUAUUCAGAUGCAGACUGGGCCGGUGACCUUGCUGAUCGCAAAUCGACGUCCGGCUACGUCUUCAUGCUAUUGGGUGCUCCGGUGAGUUGUGGCAGCAAGAAACAGCCAAGUGUGUCACUGUCUACAAGCGAAGCGGAGUACAUCGCGCUCAGCCUGGCGAUCCAAGAAGGCAAGUGGAUCAAUCGCUUGCUGUGCGAGAUCAUGGCGGCUGCAAACGAAGAAGGACCCGAGCUCGUCAUCCGUGAAGACAACCAGUCGUGCAUCAAGAUGACGAAGAAUCCGGUCAACCACGGCCGCGCUAAACACAUCGACAUCAAGUACCAUCACAUCCGUGAUGAAGUCAAGCGCGGCGAAGUGAAGCUUGAAUACUGCGAGACGACGUUGAUGUUGGCGGACAUCAUGACCAAGGCACUUCACGGACCGCGUCACAAGAACUUGACGGCGGCGCUUGGCAUCCGUGCGUGUUCGGAUUGA